CUUAAGAUAUCAACUAAAAACUGGUUCUUGUGUCAGAAAACAAGAACUAGUUCAGUGAAACCUCAUUGCUCAUGGCUAAAUUUUCCAGAGCACCUAAGCUUCGUGAAUUAGGUCCAUAUUGGAGGUCACAACUUCAAGGAAUAUUUUGUGUGUACAAACCUCCAGAUUAUUCAUAUGCUGAACUCUGCAAAACAUUCAGAAAGAUUUUAUUGGAUGAUUUAAACCAACUGCCAUGUUAUCCUGGGGAAAAAUUGCAUAAAAAUGCAUUUAAUUCACGUGCUGUUCUACUUAAUGCACAACAACAUAAGACAUUGAAAGAAGACUGGAAGCUUCGUUUAUCGGUGGUUGAUACAGAGAACGGAAGUGAAAACACAUAUUCUAAUGAUUCAAAGUUGACAGUUACUGAUGAAGAUGAAAGGCAAAGUUCUUCAAUGUCUAAAAAUCCCACAAAUCUUGAAUUGCAUUCUAAUAAUAACAAUGCAAUAUCAACUAGUCAAAAUUUACUUAAAGGAAACUCUUUAUUUUCGAGCAAACUCAAAGACCUGAUUAUUCCACCACUCACAAAAAGGAAUGCUUUUCAGCACAGGUUUGUCAGUGGUGACAUGUACGAAGCACAGGAUAUAAAAGUCCUUCCCCUUUAUGACGGACUAGAUAAAGAGUGCUCCGGAGUUGUGCCCAUGUGUGUGGGCUUCCAGAACAGUACAUCAUAUUCUUUGAGGGACAACCUGGAAAUGAAACUCUACAUUCGAGUCUACCAUUUGUCAGGCACCCUGGGAUGGACAACAUUGGACAACACUGCAUUUUCCAAAAAAAUCAAACGCCAUUCUUACGAGCAUGUCGGAAAAGCGGACGUGGACAAGAUGUGUAGUUUGGCACAAAACAUGCAUCAGUGGAGGAUGUUGAACUAUGCGGGAGUAGUUCCUGGCUCACAGGAAGCCUACGAAUUGCUGGAGAAAGGACUCGUGAAGCCGAAAAACCCCCUGACACCACCAUUGAUAUAUGGUGUUCGAUGCAUCAAUUUUGAACCUCCAAACUUCACACUGGAAGUACAUUGUGUCAAUGAAAGCUACACUUUCUUGAGAGACUUCAUUUACAAAAUAGGUGUGUCUUUGCGCUCUUCCGCUUACUGUUCAAAAAUUCGUCGGAUACGAUAUGGACCAAUUUGUCUAGAACAUGCCCUGGUAGCAGACGAGUGGAACUUGAAGAAAGUGUGUGCUAGUAUCAAACAGUGUAACAAACUGCUCCUGAGAAAAAAGGAACAAAGUAUGAAGGACAAACAUUCUGUCAGUGAAGAGUUAGAUCCUGCAGCUUUUGAGAAAUUGAAAACCACAUAAAUGUAUAGCAAUAAAUUACAAAAUUCCGAGAAAAGUACUUUUGUUUUAUUGAUGACAGAUAUUCAUAGAUGAUAAACAACAUUAAUGUAAUAUUGCUUUGGAACUUAAUGGUACAAGUUACGGAAGAUUUGU